UUUAAGCCAAAGGAAGCGCAAUAUAUUUUGAGCAUAUUAUAAAUUAAUACCUUAUUUCUCUACAAUUUUGUUCUAGAAAAGUCAAAAAUGACUGAAGAAAAUCAUUCCAUGAAAAGUGAGUUUAUCCUCACAGGAUUUACAUAUCACCCAGAGCUGAAGACCCUGUUGUUUGUAGUGUUCUUUUCCAUCUAUCUGAUCACCAUGGUAGGAAAUCUUGGUUUGGUGGCCUUGAUUUUUACACAGCAACAACUUCACACACCAAUGUACAUCUUUCUGGGCAACUUGGCUUUUGUGGAUUCUUGCUGUGCCUGUGCCAUUACUCCCAAGAUGUUAGAGAACUUCUUUUCAGAGGACAAAACAGUUUCCCUCUAUGAAUGCACUACACAGUUUUAUUUUCUUUGCACUGUUGAAACUGCAGACUGCUUUCUCCUGGCUGCAAUGGCCUAUGACCGCUAUGUGGCCGUAUGCAGCCCACUACAGUACCACACUAUGAUGUCCAAGAAACUCUGUGUUCAGAUGACCACAGGCGCCUUCAUAGUUGGAAACCUGCAUUCCAUGAUUCACGUAGGGCUCAUAUUUAGGUUAGCUUUCUGUGGCUCAAAUCAUAUCAACCAUUUUUAUUGUGAUCUUCUUCCUCUGUAUAGACUCUCUUGUGUUGACCCUUAUGUCAAUGAACUGGUUCUAUUCAUCUUUUCGGGCUCAAUUCAAGUCUUCACCAUAGGUAGUGUCUUAAUAUCUUAUAUCUAUAUUAUUUUUACUGUUUUCAAAAUGAAAUCUAAAGAGGGAAGGAUCAAAGCCUUUUCUACCUGUGCAUCCCACUUUUUGUCUGUUUCAUUAUUCUAUGGAUCUCUUUUCUUCAUGUACAUUAGACCAAAUUUGCUUGAAGAAGGGGAUAAAGAUAUACCAGCAGCUAUUUUGUUUACAAUGGUAGUUCCCUUACUAAAUCCUUUCAUUUAUAGCCUGAGAAAUAAGGAUGUAAUAAGUGUUUUGAGAAAGAUUCUGUUGAAAAAUUAUCUCAAAAAAGAUUGAAACAAAUGACAUCUACUGUAACUUAAUGAUUUAAAUGCAGCAAAAACUUCC